CCAGCCGCCGGGCCCAUGGCCUCGCCGGCGACCCCGGCGGCGGGGGACGGGGAGGCUGUCACGGGGGACGCCGUGACCGCGGGUUUCGCGGAGCUGGAGCGGCAGCAGCAGCUGCUGGCCAGCUGCACGCGCCUCUACCAGCAGCUCUCCGACCACUUCGCCACGCUCGACCGCGGCCUCGCCGCCCGCUCCGACGCCAUCCGCCACAAGCGCCGCGCCGCCGAGGCCCGCACCGCCCGCGCGCUCGACUCGCUCCGCCGCCGCGAGCUCACCGUCGACGCCUCCGUCGACCGCGCGCUCCACCACCUCGACUCCAUCGCCGCCGCCUCCUCCGCCGCCUCGCCCCCCGCCGCGGGCCUCGCCGACGCGCUCAGGGCGCUCUGCGCCAGGAUGGACGCCGCGGCCUUCCUCGGCUUCGUCGCCGCGCGCCGCAAGGAGGCCGACGCGCUGCGGGCCGAGGUGCCGCCCGCGCUCAGCUGCUGCGUCGAUCCGGCCAACUUCGUCAUGGACGCGGUCGCCGACGUCUUCCCGGUGGACCGCCGGGAGAUGAAGAGCCCCGCCGACCUGGCCUGGGCCUGCGUGCUCAUCCUCGAGGCGGCCGUGCCGGCGCUGGCCGACCCGGACCCGGAGAUCGGGGCGGCGCGACCCUUGGUGCCGCGGGCCGCGCGGGAGCGCGCGCGGGGCAUGGCCAGGGAGUGGAAGGAGGCGGUGGAGCUCAAGGGUGGGGUGGAGGCGGCCAAGCCCCCCGACGCGCACGCCUUCCUGCAGCACGUCGCCACCUUCGCCGUCGCCGAGAGGGAGGACCGACCGCUCUACCGGAGGAUCGUUCUCAGCUUCUCCUGGCGCCGACAGAUGCCGCGCCUUGCUCUCGCCCUCGGACUCGACGAAGAGAUGCCUGAUAUUAUCGAGGAGCUCAUUGCUAAGGGCCAGCAGCUUGAUGCUGUCAAUUUCGCAUAUGAGGCUGGACUUCAGGAGAAGUUCCCUCCAGUUCCUCUUCUAAAAUCCUACCUGGAGGACUCGAAGAAGACGCUGCCUACCGUUUCAGAUAACUCGAGCACUAGCAGUGGCCAAUCCGGGAGCAACACGAACAAGAAAGAGCAGUCAGCGCUGCGAGCUGUCAUAAAAUGCAUCGAGGACCGCAAACUGGAGUCUGAGUUUCCACUGGAGGAUCUUCAGAAGCAGCUUGAAGACCUGGAGAAGGCCAAGACUGAGAAGAAAAAGGCAUCCUCAAGCGCUUCCAGCGGUGGUACCAGUGAACCUGCCAACAAGCGCAUCCGGGCUAGCAACGGAGGACCAAUGCCUCCUGCUAAGGCAGGUCGCCUCACUAACAACACGUCUGUGUCUUCCUUCCCAGUCGCCACUGCAUUUGUUCGCUCCCCCUCGCAAACAUCAUAUGCCUCUCCCUCUCAGACAUCAUAUGCCUCUCCCACUCACACAUCAUAUGCCUCCCCCUCUCACACAUCAUACGCCACACCCUCCUCCUACCCUUAUGAUAGGCAGCCCGCGCAUGGCCUCUACUGUAACCGGAGCCCUCCGGCGAUCAGAGAGCCAUAUGUCUACCCAGCCAACGAGGUACCCAGUGUCGGUUUUGGAGUGCCAUACUCAUCCCCUCCCAUGACCUACCCUGCCACAUAUGGCGGAUACAGCAAUGGUUUGCCAGCUUACAACAAUGGAAUGGCCCCAGCCUUCCACCAGGCUUACUACCGGUAGGAUCAGUCAGGAAACGUCGCUGAUGAAUGACAUGACAAUAACCAAUAUGAUGUCGACGACUCAUUUCGGCAAUGGCCCUAUUUUGUAGCGACUGACUACAACAGUAGGCUGGUACCUCAUCUCAGUUCUCAUAUGUUCUUACCACCACUACUACUAAAUGCUUUGUCUUAGUCCUCUCCUGUUAGAACACUACUUUGUACUACUAAGAAAUCUGGAUGUAAAUUAUGUGUUCCGUCCAUGAGACUUACCACCUUAUGUAAUUCUUCUCAGGAACAAGGGAAAAACCUUAAAAAAAUAUCGUGUAAUUCUUCAGUAUUUGAUCGAUCAUGUGCUUAAUCAAAUCAAUUUCAGUUUUA